AUGAGUGUUUUAAGAGUGCUACUGUAUUAUACAUUGCAUAAUUAUACCUACUCAUUUGAACUGACUGGAUGUGUAAUGGCUGUUCAUGGUGCUAAUCUUGUUGGCGCUAAUGAAGCCAAUUCUUUUCUUGAUUGGUAUGAGUGCAAAUGCUAUCUUAGCCUCAAUAAUCAAAUGACUAGAGGUUGGCGACCAUUUAUACGAAGUCAUGUACAAAAGAUCCAUCUACCUAAGAUGCAGCUUUAAAAUGUUUCACUUUGCAUUCAUUUUUCUGAAUUACUUACUUCAAUUUUAUAGUUUUAAGAGCCAUUUUGUACUCUUCACGCUGAAAAAAUAUAAAUAGGUAUCUCUUGACUCACAUUCUCAGGAUAUGUUCCUGUAUCAAAUUCUGUAUAGUUUAUAAUUUAUCCAAUGCAUUUGUAGCUAUGAUUGUGUUCAUAUGAAAUAGCUUCAUUUUUUCCUGUAAUUUUGUUGUUAAAUUCUUAAUUCAUCCUAUUAUCUUCAACAAGUCUUUUGUUUCUUGUACCCCAGUACAACAUACAAACUUGCUUGGAACAUAGAGCGAACUAAGGGUUAUUGCAGGUAACAAAAUACAACUCUAAGUGACGGACAGAGUGAAAACACUGAAAUAUGCUAGUAAAUUAAAAUUAAAAAGCGGUAGAAUAAAUAAAUACGGAGUACUCAUUUUUGUGUAGUCAUAUCAAUAUUGGGGAACAAAUGUCGCAUUGGCCUUAAUUUUACUGUUUGAUCUUUAUGCUAUGUUAUAACUUUCUGACCUAGUCUAUGUUCACAGUAGGUGAUUUUGUUAAAAGGAUUGAAGUCCCUGACCAGUAGCAAUAACUACUGAUCAUUGGGCUCGCAUACUCCACUGACAAAGAACUAUGCUGUGCAGAAGGAUUUCUUUGUAGAUCCUUCUGUUAUCCACUUCACUUGACUACAUUUGACCGCUUCUACGAAUACUGAUGAAAAACAGAUAUUGCUGCUGAAAUUUUCUUUAUUUUAUCUUAAUAUUCGUUAACACCAACAAUUACAACUAUUUGUGUACAACAUAUUCUGCUUGAAUUAUCGUGUUUCAUGUCGGUGUCAAUCAGUUGUAGUAGUCUGAGGCAGAAUGCAUAAACUAUUAAGUUAGAACAUGUCGAUAUGUAUGUUAAAGAUAAGUAAUGAACAUGACAUUGAAUAUAGGUAAGGUGUGCAAAACUGCCACGCCGAAAAGACCGGGUGAAUAGCAGUGCAGCAGUUAAAAGCCCUAGACUGUAUAAGGGUAAGCAGCCACAUGAACUCACUUCGAUGACUUUCAGAAACUACAGACAUAAUAUUCCUCUUUGAGUUAUUCUCUCUAUCGGUUAAUUCUGGUACAUAAGCUAUUGAUUAGAGAAAUAGCUUCUUGAUCUUACGCUAUAAAUUAAGUAAUGCACCUAGUGUCCGCAGUUAUGGAAGGGCCCGUUACAAAGUCACAAUAUUGAUUUUUCUCUAGAAUGGGCCCACGUCAUCUGUCACAACUGCUUCAAGCACAACACCAGUAAUCUCAAGGCAAUCAUAUUAGUCAGUGUUAUAUACCUCGAAAUGCAAAACGUAUUUAAUAUAAUAUCACCGUGUACUCUUUCAGAAUUUAUACUCGAUAUGUUCCCAAUUGCCUCCUUACCUGAGGGAUUGCAUACAAAUACUUAAGACUGUGUCAUCUAUUCAUUGACAGGUCACAAAUGAGGCUAUACGGAGUAGCGUUCUUCGUCUUCCUGUAUUUGUAGACUAUGUUAGUAAUGUUUGUGAUGUAUUCAACAUUGAUAGAGCUCUCCUACAUGUGGACAACCUCAAGUUAGUCACUCAUGAACUGACAAUUCGCAGUAUAAGUUGAUUUAUUGCCUAAACAGAGACAAACAGCUUUUACAAGCGAGUACAUGUGGAGAGCCGCAUCACUUGGUCAAGGUUGUACGACCAAUCUUGUUGUAUUAUUAAAAGAAUCAUUAAAGUGAUAUGACUUCGAAUAGGUGAAUUAUGAAAAACAAGGUGUUUUAUUAAAUAAGUAUGUGGUAGACUUUGUCUUAUAGUGAUUUAAUUGCUUGUUUUUAAGCAUUUUGUUAAACAGGUCCUAUGUGAAUAGUAAACAACGUGGCAAUAAUUGAUGUCUAUUUUUGGUUCUGAUCUAUAUUCAACAACUAAAGCAGUUGAUCAUGUGAAGAAGUUGUUAUAAUUAUUUGUAAUAGUA